GGUGUCUUCAAGAGAUCAAACCUUUCCUCUGGUACCUGCUGCCAGUGGUUACGGUAGUACUUAGGUACCAGGUAGAAGCCGCGUCGUCAUUAUUUAAGGAUACGCCAAGCGAAGUAUCGAACUGCGCUGCGGGCCUUAUUACCGUGUUGUACCGUAGUAGUAGAAGCCUUGUGCAGUCGCAGUGGUCACUACUACUACUAGUCUCUUUCCGCCCACUCUAUGCCACUCUCCGGACAUACCAAACAACCACGACUUCUCCGGUUCUUUGUUACAAGUCUGACUUGACACCCUUACCCACCAAGGAGAUAUUAUCUGCUCCUCUGAGAUCCAGCGUUAUGCAUUGCUCGUUCACCUAGUCGCGUCCCUUAUCCGAAGAGUGUUGCGUGGGCUUUCCCGGUCGGCCAUACGCCCAUAAUCGACUUUUACCGAGCGUGCCCUCCUCGCUCACAACACCCGAAUCCAGUGCUUAACAAAGACCCCGCAAAAUUUGGCCCGGCCGAUUGAUCAAAGUACAUCACUUAUCUUGUUGAGACUCGAGAGGGGGAGACAUUUUCGGCUCGUUUCUGCGAAGAGGCGACGCGCCGACAUCACGCAGGAAUCCACGCAAAGGGAGUGCGCAUGGUCUGCUUUUCUUCUCCACGCCUGCGGCAACCACCUCGUGCACAAUGGUGGGUGAGGGAAUGAUGGACGGUACGGGCCCAGAUGGCCAUCAGUUCCGGCCAAUGGCUUCCGCAACCUCACAACGACCUAGCAGUCGGGGCUUUUCAGUCGGUCCUCGCGACAUCGAGCCGAACUCCGUCUUAGGACAGUUCUCUUUUGCUCCAGCUACGCAGACAACAGUUGUCACAACCACUACUACGACCACCACCAAGUUUCCCCCACUUCUCAUGCGCCCUCCCCGCCGUAUGCAAGAGCUCGAUCCGAAGCAGUACCCCCUUGCAGCCGCCCCCACACCCGCACAUCUACGCCAGAUACAUUUCGAAAUAGGGGGAAAGCAGACAAUCUUCCGCGAGGCUGAAGAUACAACAGUGGCGCUAGAACAGCUCGAAGUCGAACAGCAGACGCUCCGAAAUGCCAACGGAACCAUCCGGACGGUAGAGACUUUCGAGCCCUGGACCGAAAUACCAGAUGUCGGUCCGACCGUGUCACUUCCACAGACUCGAGGUCAGAAACGGCCGGCUUCCCCAGAGUCUAUCCCCGACAAUGAGGAGCAGGCUACUUCGCCGGCCUCACAGACCGCAUUCGUACAUCCGGGCCCAUUGCGGAUCCUCAGAGAGAGGCUCGACUUUUCCCGAUCACAUAACCUGACUUCACAAUGCUCGCAUCCUGUAACACCAGACAGCCUUUCUCGGCUGCCCAAAUCAAGCCGCCGACGUGUAGCGCCGAGCGGGCCCAACCCUUCGAGAAACACGACUACCCUUCCUUCACCGAGUGUGGAUGAACGCUCUGCUUUUGCAGACCCGAGAUCGAGGACGUCUAAGAUUAGCCAGGACACAUCAUCAUUUGACGAGGACGUGAGUGGCUCGACUGAGUGUACAACUGUCGGUCGGAUAGUGCGUCGAGGCUCAUCGCAAGAGACUGUGGUACCUACGCCUCCUAUUGACGACGAAACGGGGUCAAAUCCGACCAGACCCCUGAGUAGACGAGCCUUAUCGUCCGUGCCUGCUCGGCUCCACGUUUCUGCCAGUCCAUCGGCUCAUGAUGGGAGCCUUCCUAGUCCGAGCCUAUCGCCCGUCACAGCGGCGGCAACUUUGCAAAAUUCGGGCUAUUUUGCAGAUAUUGAUGCUAACACGGAGGUACCCUUGCAGCAGCUGCAGCAACAUACAGCGUCCGGGGUCUCUCCUACUGACAAGCAGCCAUUGAACCCAUUCCAAGGCCAUCAGCCUGUUGAUUUGAGGUCUCGACCGUCCCCUCGUCAAUUAUCCUCGUUUCUAAAUGGGUCGGUGACUGAUAUACCUGCUAUGCUCGACUUUUUUGAAGCCAUCCCCGACGAGUUGAAGAGCUAUGUCAUGCACCAACUACUCCGCCGAUGCCCCAAGUCCACCCUACAAAUAGUUGCAGACGCGGUUAACCCAGCGCUGAAAUGCGACUUCCUCACGAUUUUGCCUCCCGAACUAGCUCUGAAUAUCCUCAAAUACCUUGACGUCAAGAGUCUGUGUAAAGCAGCCCAGGUCUCCAAGAAGUGGCGACAAAUGAUCAAUGGUGACGAGCGAGCCUGGAAAGAGCUUUUCGAUGCAGAUGGGUUCUCCCUAGCCGAAGGGGAAUUACAACAAGCCAUUUCCGAAGGCUGGGGUUGGCAAGAUCCCUCUGGACCGUAUGGUUAUGAGGAGAACCUCAACCACGUCCGCGGGUCAAAGUCCGACACUGAGACUAACGCCUACAGCAACACAAACACAUCUCCGUCAACUCCACCGCCGCAAAACCGCUUCAGUGGAGUCCUCCGUCGGUCGAAACGUAAGGCGGCCACCAUGUUGUCGAACCGCAACAAACAAGUCAAACGCAAGGACGUGUCACGUGAGUCAUCCAAUGACGUCACAUCGCUCGACUGGGCACAACACCGGUCGCCGGCCGAGGGCCCUUAUAUUGCUGCCAAUGCCGCCUUGUUGGCCGUGCCCCAUCCCAAUGUUGGCCUACCGAGUUUGAAGGGCCUUCAUCUUUACAAAUCUCUCUAUCGCCGACAUCAUCUCAUCCGAAGGAACUGGAUGUUCGAAGACACGAAACCCAAGCACCUCGCGUUCCGUGCACAUGACACGCAUGUGGUCACGUGUCUCCAAUUCGAUAGUGACAAGAUCCUCACGGGAAGUGAUGAUAAUAACAUCAAUGUCUAUGAAACCAAGACUGGCAUACUCAGGUCCAUAUUGACAGGCCAUGAAGGUGGCGUCUGGGCCUUACAGUAUGAAGGCAAUACUCUCGUCUCGGGCUCGACUGACCGCUCGGUUCGCGUCUGGAACAUUCAAGAGGGGCGUGAGACUCAGGUCUUCCGUGGGCACACCUCCACGGUGAGGUGCUUGCAGAUUGUGAUGCCUGUCAAGGUCGGAGAGAAUGCCGAAGGGAAACCCAUCAUGAUGCCCAAACAGCCUCUCAUUAUCACCGGUUCCCGCGAUUCCACGCUUCGCGUGUGGAAGCUUCCACGGCCGGGCGACCCAGAGUUCAUCCAGGCUGAGAGUGAUAAUGACGCCGAUAAUUGCCCCUAUUUUGUGCGCGCACUUACUGGUCACCAACACUCUGUGCGAGCCAUUGCCGCCUAUGCCGAUACAUUGGUGAGUGGUAGUUACGACUGCACCGUACGGGUGUGGAAGAUCUCGACCGGCGAAACUAUCCAUCGUCUGCAGGGUCACACAGCAAAGGUCUAUAGUGUGGUCUUGGAUCAUGCCCGUAACCGAUGUAUAAGUGGCUCGAUGGACAACAUGGUACGGAUUUGGGACUUGAACACAGGCUCUCUCAAAUAUACUUUGGAGGGCCACACAUCACUUGUUGGCCUGCUCGACUUGAAUUGUGACAAGCUCGUUUCCGCAGCUGCGGAUUCCACCCUUAGGAUAUGGGAUCCGGAAAAUGGACAGUGCAAAGCUACUCUGAGUGCACAUACAGGUGCCAUCACUUGUUUCAAGCAUGAUGCUCAGAAGGUCAUUUCGGGAUCGGACAGAACACUGAAACUGUGGAAUAUCAAAACCGGUGAAUGCAUCAAAGACCUGCUUUCCGAUCUGAGUGGGGUUUGGCAGGUCAAAUUUGAUGAACGCCGCUGUGUUGCUGCUGUGCAGAGGGAUGGAUUAACGUACAUAGAGGUUCUUGAUUACGGCGCGGCUCGCGACGGCGUACCCGAGCAUGAUCUGGGGCGACGCAUUGUCGUCGACGCGGACGGUUUCGAGGCCGACGCCGAUAAUGAUGACGGUGAUUUUCUUGAACUAGACGGCCGUACAGACGCAUGAAAUGCAAUUGGGCCUUUGUGAACCGGCUUUGAGGCAGCAUGAUGGAUAUUGAAACGACUUUCCGAGAUACCCUAGUCGCAAUGCCUUCUGGGCUUUAUGGAACGUUGUCUUCGGUCCGUCAACGAUUCAUCUUUUUGGGGGGGCUAUUAUUGCCCGUAUGACACUUUACGACCAGAGCUCCAGCCUGUGUGAUAUCGUGGUUUGAGCGCACAUCAACGAAUUGCUAUCAAAGGGGGAUUGCUCGCUGCCGCACGUGUCCAGCCACGUCUGGAAAGCGCUCGGAGUUUGCUUGAGGGUUCAUUUUACUUAUCGAUUAUUCUUCCAGAGGUGUUUGACUGUGCUCUGUUGUCGAUGAUAGAUACUCAGUUAUUCGCCGCGGAUAUAAAAUCCAGCCGUGACUCCGGUGAUUGAAUAUAUUUGCGAAUGGAGUAUGAUAUUUCACAUGCCA